AGCAGUAGCGCGACUGUUUUCCUAAUACGAGUAAUAAACGUAACCUAAUUGCCAGCUCUGACCGUAGCCGAGCCGAAUCCGAUGAGACCCAAGCAUUCAACCCUAUGCUUACUCGUCACGCGCUUGCCCGCAUCCCGGCGACCCUUCAAUUAUUCGCCUCAUCCCUUACCCACCCCUUCACACUAUCUUCCUUCUUACUCCCGGCGCGUCUUCAUCGCCGCACCGACCUGUAUCUCUCUUUUAUUUCUCUCUUAUUCCUUCUCUCUUUUCUUCUUCUUCAUAAGAUAUCGUCAACGAUCCAAAUCUCCAACCACCUUCACAUCAAUUUUUAACAUUCAAUGGGUGACCUAACGGACUCCCUUGCGCCGUCAACCACCACCACUACCACCACCGCCAUCGCUCCCUACUCGCGUUCGUUACCUGUCCGUGAAGAUUGUUGGAGCGAAGAGGCUACAUCUACUCUCGUUGACGCCUGGGGCCAACGUUAUUUGGAACUCAACAGAGGUAAUCUCCGUCAAAAGGAUUGGCAAGAUGUGGCUGAUGCUGUCAACGCUCUCCACGCUCACUCUAAGAAAACGCACCGUACCGAUGUUCAAUGCAAGAAUCGGAUCGAUACUAUCAAGAAAAAGUAUAAGGUCGAGAAGGGACGUGUCACCUCUUCCAACGGAACCCUAACAUCUUCUUGGCCCUUUUUCGAGCGCAUGGACGCCUUGAUCGGGAGUAACGUUAAACCGUCUUCGAAUUUUUCUCCUAAAUUAUCACACUCUCCUCCGGUUGCCGUUCCGUUGUCGUACCGGAAAACACUUGCCGUUAACAAUAAUAAUAAUAUGAACCACAAUGUUAAUAGUCCGAAUUUGACGCCAAUUCCAGCGGCGACAGUUGUGGCCUUGCCGCAGAAAAGGGGAUAUAACAGCGAGGGAUAUUACAGGAAUUAUUCAGCCGUGGCUGCAGCAGCAGCUGCCGCGGAAAGUGAAGAGGAAGAGGCAGAGGAGGAGGCAGAAGAGGUAGAGAAUGAGAAUGAAGAGAAUUUUGGUGUUAAGAGAUUGGCAAAGGCGAUAGAGAGAUUUGGGGAAGUGUAUGAGAGAGUGGAGGCGGAGAAAUUGAGACAGAUGGUGGAGUUGGAGAAGCAGAGAAUGCAGUUUGCAAGUGAUUUGGAGAUGCAGAGGCUGAGGAUGUUUACCGAGAUGCAGGUUCAGUUGGAGAGGAACAAGCGUUCCAAGCGCUCCAACUCCAAUGAUUGGAUUUGGAUUUUAGUCUGAGCUUCAACUACUAUUAAGAUAUAUAUAGCUAGCCAUCCUGAGGAAAGCUUUGGCGGUGUUUAUGUGACGGACAAAUUUGAAGAAUCUUGAUUAUAUACUUAAAUCCCAGCAAAGUACAUAUGGUUCAAGCAAAUAGUUGCUUCAGAAUUACCAGCUAUUGACUGGAUAAAAAUGUUGGAACUGUUUCAAUUCCUUUAUCUAUCUUCCUUUGCCUUAUUGUUUUUUAUUUUACUUUCUUUUGAUCAGCAUAAUUGACUUUGUACUGUUGGAAUUGGCCAAAGUUUGGCUCAAUGUCUGAUUUUAGUAGUAAAACACUAAAACUUGUUAUUUGAAAAGCUAACUCUGUAAGUUAAUCUUGCAAUGUACAAGAUUAGGUUUAUCGACAA